GGUCCCGCCUCGCUGCCGGAGCGUCCGGAGGACCGCUCAGUGGGAGGAGCGCGGAGUCGGCCUGGGACAUUGCUAGCACCCGCCUGUGUGCUCCGGGAACUGCACUGUGAGCGGUGAGUACCACGCGGCCCCGGGGCGUCCGUGCAGGCCUUUCCCACGGGUGCAGACCCGAGGACACGGGGAGAGCUGCGGGGAGGCGGUGGAGCUGGCUCCUGGGGUGACCUCUCUACUCGCUCCCCAGCCUGCGUCGCUCUGGACUGGGAGUGGCUCUACUCGGCGCCCCGGGAGUUCUCGCCUUGGUGUGAGGGCCGCACCGCCGGGGUGUCAUUGUGCCAGGCCCAGCCCACGGGAUAGAAAGGAACGAUUGUGCCCGGCAGAUUGGAGUCCCCAGCACGGGGCGAAGGCAGGCGGGGUGAGGAUGUUUAUCUCAGCUCCAACUCUUCUGGACCUUGGGAAAUGAAUGAUUUUAGAAGGUGAAGGGCCUGUCUGGAAUUUACAGUCAAGAGCAUAGUUUUUCAGAGACACGUGACCAUCAAUAAGCAUGAAGAACCCAUUUGCACACCUUGCUGAGCCCUUGGACGCUGCCCAACCAGGAAAGAGGUUCUUCAACUUGAAUAAAUUGGAGGACUCAAGAUACGGACGCUUACCAUUUUCUAUCAGAGUUCUCCUGGAGGCAGCCGUUCGGAACUGUGAUGAGUUUCUGGUGAAGAAAAAUGACAUCGAGAAUAUCCUGAAUUGGAAUGUCAUGCAACAUAAGAACAUAGAAGUGCCGUUUAAGCCAGCCCGAGUCAUACUGCAAGACUUUACGGGUGUGCCUGCUGUGGUGGAUUUUGCAGCAAUGCGCGAUGCUGUGAAGAAGUUGGGAGGGAAUCCGGAGAAAAUUAACCCUGUCUGCCCCGCUGACCUUGUAAUUGAUCAUUCCAUCCAGGUUGAUUUCAACAGAAGGGCAGACAGUUUACAGAAGAAUCAAGACCUGGAGUUUGAAAGAAAUAAAGAACGAUUUGAAUUUCUAAAGUGGGGUUCCCAGGCCUUUUGCAACAUGCGGAUAAUCCCUCCUGGCUCGGGAAUCAUUCACCAAGUGAACCUGGAGUAUUUGGCAAGAGUAGUGUUUGAUCAGGAUGGAUGCUACUACCCAGACAGCCUCGUGGGCACAGAUUCACACACGACCAUGAUUGACGGCCUGGGAGUUCUUGGUUGGGGUGUGGGUGGUAUUGAAGCAGAAGCUGUCAUGCUGGGUCAGCCCAUCAGCAUGGUGCUUCCCCAGGUGAUUGGCUACAAGCUGAUGGGGAAGCCUCACCCUCUGGUGACAUCCACGGACAUCGUGCUCACCAUUACCAAGCACCUCCGACAAGUGGGAGUUGUGGGCAAAUUUGUGGAGUUUUUCGGGCCAGGAGUGGCUCAGCUGUCCAUUGCUGACCGAGCUACGAUUGCCAAUAUGUGCCCAGAGUAUGGUGCGACAGCAGCCUUCUUCCCGGUUGAUGAAGUUAGCAUCGCGUACCUGCUGCAGACAGGCCGCGAGGAAGACAAAGUCAAGCACAUUCAGAAGUAUCUUCAGGCUGUAGGCAUGUUUCGAGAUUUCAACGACACCUCUCAAGACCCAGACUUCACUCAGGUUGUGGAGUUAGAUCUGAAAACAGUUGUGCCUUGCUGCAGUGGACCCAAAAGACCUCAGGACAAAGUCGCGGUGUCUGAGAUGAAAAAGGACUUUGAAAGCUGCCUUGGAGCCAAGCAAGGAUUUAAAGGUUUCCAAGUUGCUCCAGACCGUCACAAUGACCGCAAGACGUUCCUCUAUAGUAACAGUGAAUUCACUCUCGCUCAUGGCUCUGUGGUAAUCGCUGCCAUCACUAGCUGCACAAACACCAGCAAUCCAUCCGUGAUGUUAGGAGCAGGAUUGUUAGCAAAGAAAGCUGUGGAGGCGGGGCUGAGUGUGAAGCCUUACAUCAAAACCAGCCUGUCUCCUGGAAGUGGAGUGGUCACCUACUACCUUCGAGAGAGUGGAGUCAUGCCUUACCUGUCCCAGUUAGGGUUUGAUGUGGUGGGCUACGGCUGCAUGACCUGCAUCGGCAACAGUGGACCCCUUCCUGAACCUGUGGUCGAGGCAAUCACCCAGGGAGACCUCGUAGCUGUUGGCGUUCUGUCUGGGAAUAGGAAUUUUGAAGGCCGAGUCCAUCCUAACACACGAGCCAACUACUUAGCAUCCCCCCCUCUGGUAAUAGCAUAUGCGAUUGCAGGCACCGUCAGGAUUGACUUCGAGAAAGAGCCUUUGGGAGUGAACGCACAGGGCCGGCAAGUGUUUCUGAAGGACAUCUGGCCCACGCGAGAUGAGAUCCAGGCGGUGGAAAGGCAGCAUGUCAUCCCCGGGAUGUUUAAGGAGGUCUAUCAGAAAAUAGAGACUGUAAACAAAAGCUGGAAUGCCUUAGCAGCCCCGUCAGAGAAGCUGUAUGCGUGGAAUCCCAAAUCUACUUACAUUAAGUCGCCACCAUUCUUUGAAAGCUUGACUUUAGAUCUCCAGCCACCCAAGUCCAUAGUGGAUGCCUAUGUGCUACUGAAUUUAGGAGAUUCAGUAACAACGGACCAUAUCUCUCCCGCCGGCAAUAUUGCAAGAAACAGCCCUGCGGCUCGCUACUUGACGAACAGAGGCCUAACACCACGAGAGUUCAACUCCUAUGGCUCCCGCCGGGGUAACGACGCCAUCAUGGCCCGGGGGACAUUUGCCAACAUUCGCUUGCUGAACAAGUUUCUGAACAAGCAGGCACCUCAGACUGUCCAUCUCCCCUCAGGAGAAACCCUUGAUGUAUUCGACGCUGCUGAGCGGUACCAGCAGGCUGGACUUCCCCUGAUUGUUCUGGCUGGGAAAGAAUACGGUUCAGGCAGCUCCCGAGACUGGGCAGCCAAAGGCCCUUUCCUGCUGGGAAUCAAAGCUGUCCUGGCAGAGAGCUAUGAGCGCAUUCACCGCAGCAACUUGGUUGGCAUGGGGGUGAUCCCCCUUGAGUAUCUCCCUGGUGAAACUGCAGACUCUCUGGGACUCACAGGUCGGGAAAGAUACACUAUCAACAUCCCUGAAGACCUCAAGCCUCGCAUGACGGUGCAGAUCAAGCUGGACACUGGGAAGACCUUCCAGGCCGUGAUGAGGUUCGACACUGAUGUGGAGCUCACGUACUUCCACAAUGGAGGCAUCCUGAACUACAUGAUCCGAAAGAUGGCCCAGUAGGUGCUGACCUCUCAGGAGACCCGCACUUGGUGCUAGACCCAAUGAGGAACCAGGCCCCCACUGGUGGAGGCCUGGCAGAGCAGCCACAUCUACUUCUGAUGAGGGUGCUGGCAGGAUGAGCAAGUGGGCACUGCCAUUCCUGGAGGCACAGAGCCAGGAGUCUCUAGUUUUGUGAUUUGUUCAUCUUUUUAUCCCUUUCUGUAAUCUGGAUUCUAGAAUCACGGGAAGGUCCGUAGUACCAAAGAGAACUCGCUUCUCUUUAAAGUCACGGACAUUGAUUUUUUUCCCUCUGACUAAUCUUGAGCUCAGCACUAGCCAGUAUUCUCAGAAGUGGCUCCUACCCUUUCUGUUGUUCUGUGUUUGUCUCUGCUCGGUGACACCCUUCCCUGGAGAGCCCAGUCCUCCGUGUAUUACACCAGUGUUAACUGACAUAGCAUAGACCUUCUUCACACUUCAGAUUCAUAGCAGCGAUGGGAUCCCUUCCUUUGAAGUGAACAAGUCCUUGUAGAUAGGUCACCCGUCAAAAGUGUUUGAUUAUCUACCUUUCAAUCAACAUGAGAUUGCCUCUUACCAUUUUCAACGAUUGUUGACAGGGGUCCUUUGUUUGAAAAUAACUGGGGAGAGAUACGGGAUUUCUAAUUUGAAUAAGAUUAAAUAUAUUUUCAUGAAAACGUGUUGGCUUUGGAGUUGAGUUCUGUCGGGGGAAUGUCGCGACACUGAGAGCCCCGGAAGUCCUUCGAGUCCUUCGAGUCUGCUGUUUGUACCCCUGCGUCUGAGCUGCGGGCACAGAGGGAACACUGUGGAGCCAGCGUGUGAGCAGCUAGUGUCAGCGCAAAGGACAAGAAAGCACCUUCUGUCUUGGUCACAGCAGCAGCAAAGAGCAUAUCGCAACUUCUUGGUGCCCUAAAAUCUCUUCACUGAUCUUCAUAACUGGAAUUAUUUUAGGGUGUGCCUUAUUCUGCUCAGGCUGCUGUAGCAAAAUGCCUGAGUAAGAACCAGAACUGAGAACUGAGCUGUGAGUGACCCAAACCCUGAGCCUUGUCCAGACCACCCAGUGCCUGUGAUGGAGUAAACAUUCCGCUGGGGGAGGGGUUGCUUUGUCUCUCUUAACGUUUUAUCUUUUCUUUCCUUCUUUUCUUUUUCUUUUUUUCUUUCUUUCUUUCUUCUUUUUUGUUGUUGAUGUUGUUGUUGCUGUUGUUGUUUGGUUUUUUUCGAGACAGGGUUUCUCUGUAUAGCCCUGGCUGUCCUGGAACUCACUCUGUCAGCCAGGCUGGCCUUGAACUCAGAAAUCCACCUGCCUCUGCCUCCCAAGUGCUGGAUUAAAGGUGUGCGCCACCACCGCUA